UGGCUUUCUUUCCGCUUCUUGGUCCCGCCCUCCUUCCCUCCCUCACCUCCACGUCUGGCUUCCUUGGCUAGCUAUCUCUGCGCUCUUUACCCUUUGCUGGCAGCGGAUAAAAGGGAUCUGAGGAAAUACUGAACACGGUCAUCCCAUCGCCUGCCCUACCCUUUAAAUUCCCAGCCCGGGAAGAUCUGUGCACAGCCAGACCGGGCUGAACAUCCAUCCCGCGAGACAGGAAGGCAGGUUUCCAAGCGCAGCUCUGCCACUCGCCCACACCAACGGGCUCCGGAACCGAAGUCCACGCUCGAUCUCAGCGCUGAGAAAGUGAGGCGAGCAGCCGACAGCCACGAUGCCGGCCCACAUGCUUCAAGAGCUCUCCAGUUCCUACACGACCACCACUACCAUCACAGCGCCUCCCUCUGGAAACCUGCAGAAUGGUCGAGAGAAGGUGAAGACUCUGCCCCUCUAUCUGGAAGAAGACAUCCGUCCUGAAAUGAAAGAAGAUAUACACGACCCCACCUACCAGGAUGAGGAGGGGCCCCCGCCCAAGCUGGAGUACGUCUGGAGGAACAUCAUCCUCAUGGUCCUGCUGCACUUGGGAGCCCUGUACGGGAUCACACUGGUUCCCUCCUGCAAGGUCUACACCUGCCUCUUUGCGUACGUGUGCUACCUAAUCAGCGGCCUGGGCAUUACGGCCGGAGCUCAUCGCCUGUGGAGCCACAGAACUUACAAGGCGCGGCUGCCCCUGCGGCUCUUCCUCAUUGUUGCCAACACCAUGGCAUUCCAGAAUGACGUGUAUGAAUGGGCCCGAGACCACCGCGCCCACCACAAGUUCUCAGAAACACACGCUGACCCUCACAAUUCCCGCCGGGGCUUUUUCUUCUCUCACGUGGGCUGGCUGCUUGUGCGCAAACACCCGGCUGUCAAAGAGAAGGGCGGAAAACUGGACAUGUCUGACCUAAAAGCUGAGAAGCUGGUGAUGUUCCAGAGGAGGUACUAUAUACCCGGCCUCCUUCUGAUGUGCUUCAUCCUGCCCACGCUGGUGCCCUGGUACUGCUGGGGGGAAACGUUUGUAAACAGCUUGUUCGUUUGCACCUUCCUGCGGUACACUGUGGUCCUCAACGCCACCUGGCUGGUGAACAGCGCCGCCCACCUCUACGGGUACCGCCCCUACGACAAGAACAUUCAAUCCCGGGAGAACAUCCUGGUUUCCCUGGGUGCCGUGGGCGAGGGUUUCCACAACUACCAUCACGUCUUCCCCUACGACUACUCUGCCAGUGAGUACCGCUGGCACAUCAACUUCACCACGUUCUUCAUCGACUGCAUGGCUGCCCUCGGCCUGGCUUACGACCGGAAGAGAGUUUCUAAGGCCGCUGUCUUAGCCAGGAUUAAAAGAACUGGAGAAGGAAGCCAUAAAAGUAGCUGAGUUUGGGGCUUCUGAGUUCCUGUUCCAAAAGUUUUCUGGGCAGAGAUUUAAUAUUCUGUUGAUUAACUACCGGAUAAUGCUAUCAGGAUGUUAAUGAUGUAUUUAACCUAUUCUGGUACAGUAUUCUUAUAAAAUGAGAAAGCUUUGAUCACGUUUUGAGUUAAUGCACAUUUUAAUUAGAUAGGAUUAACCAUGCCACAAGACAUAGAUAUUUCUAAGCAUACAUGACAAAUGCAUAUACAGUUUUGCACAGCAGCUUUAAAUAACAAUAAAUUUGAACACUCUAUGCAAAGAGUAUUAAAGCCGAGAAACGUGCUGUUUUGAUGUUGGGGUGAGCACGGCUCUCAUUCCCUGUUUGCAUGCAUCUGGCUUUGUUUCUUUCUCUGUCACCACCUUCAGGCUAAUAGUUGACCAACCACUGUGCCCACCUUCCAAAGCCAGGCAACCUUUCUGCUUUCUGAAAUACUGAUCCUUCCUCCCGGAUACUUCUUUCCUUGUUCCGAGCUUUGAGAUUGCUGCCUUAAACUAGAGAUAGAACAAAAUCUUCCCGACAGUUCCCACUCAUGAACUUCACUACAGGUUUUGCUAGAUGGAAUGGGGAAAUCAUCUUGAUUUGAUACGUAGCAAGUAGAUCAUCUUGAGAGAAGAGUUAGCAUGUGUGGUACGGUUUGUAAGUAAGGAUGGGAGGGAGAUAGGAAGAGGUAGCCAUAUCUAACGGCCUACUUACCAAAGACCCCAGGCCUCUCUGCAUAGCAUGCCUCCUUUCAGCCCAUACUCUGAACCACAGAGAUUAGUGAGAUUUGAAUAAUUAAAUCAUUUUCAGGGUGAAGGGGGUUAACGCAUGAUCUGUGCUAGGGGGAGGUUUUAGCUUUUGGUUCCUGAAGGAUUUCUUCAUAGAAAAAGUCUUCAUGUUCAAUGUGCCCAGAACUGAUAACUAAACAGUUGAUAUUUGGGGUGGGGGGGAAUAUGGUAUAAAACUUAAGUAAAUAUAAGCAAAAUCUUCACUUGGAACAUGAAAAUAUUUCACUUAGAAAAAGUGUUGCUAAAGAAAAAAAAAUGAAGGGACAAGAGGUGUUGCCUGGGUUGCCAGUUUCUUUCGUGGUUGGGCAGGAAACAGUGAGGUUGAGAGACAGAGUCUAUAAGUAGCUACUGAGAGGUACAUUUCCAAAUGAAGCCCUUGGGGAACACACUGCCAGGGAUCCGGAAGGUGUUGGCUCCAUCCAUUGCUUUAAUUUCCUCCCUGGAUUGAGUAGAAAUUUGGCUUCUUGUGGUGUUGAACCUUCCUUGCCUUUGUGUUGUGGCCAUCCACCCUGCCUAGUGCUGCCUAGGAAGCUCUUGCCCAUCCUGAUUUCUUCUGCCACUUCUUUCUUUGGCCUUUUAUUCUUCCCCUGGACAGGCAACUUGUUACCUGAGUGUAUCAAGAGCACCCAGGGCUUGCUGCUGUCCAGGCCUGUUUCUCCCCUGGUAUCCUUGGGUGUGGAACUGCUGGGUAGCUUCAGGAAACAGAGCCGGGUGCCAUCUUCCUGUGGCUUCCAAAUCCUCCCUACCUCCACCCUUAUGUGCCUCUGCCACAGUGAUUUCAGGAAAGCUUUGUAGACCCUCUAGCAACAUCUUGGUUCAGAAAGUCUCUCUGGUUUGUGAGUUAACAGCUCAGCUAACUGCAGUGUUGUCUCAGUGAGGUAACCACUGAACGAGAGGGUUGGUUGUUGAUCUGUCUCUGUGUGAGUUGGUGUAGACAGUAUGUUCACUUCUCCCUGUGUGCUUUGCAAGGUGGCUCUGACUGAUUAAUUCAGGCAGGUAGUGGUACACUACUUCUGAAAGGAAGAAGUUCCCCAUUUAUCUGUUAAAACACCAGAAGCUCGGGCAAGUGCCCAGGACAGCACUUCAGGAAGAGGGUCUGCUUCCUGAAGCCAGUGUGUGAUGAAAAACAACUAAAGCCUGGUAUCUAAGGUGCCAUGAAUGACCACUCUAUCACACAGCCCAGGGCAAAGAGUGGCAUAGAAAAGUCUAGAAGGAAACAUCACGUCAGUAUUUUAGAACCAUCAACCUCUACUGUCCCUGUAGCCCAAUACAGAGGCCUGGCUUUUAGGACUGGCUGUGUACAGUGCCAAAUGCUUGGUUCACUUGCAGGAUCAGAGCCUUUCUUUCUAUGUUAAUUGAACACAUGCUCUGAGCUAUUUUGUUGAAGUAGAAAAUCUAGUAGAAAAUCACUAUAGAUCUGCUGACCUGUAACCUUCUGGAAAUGCCUAGGGAUGGUUUUACUUUUCCAGGUCACAGGUGCCUGAUUUAUAAGAUGAACAAUUAAAUCAGCUUUCUUUCUCUAAUGAUCUUAUUCCUGGGAUCUGAGUCAGGCCAUGUUCCAAAGCAAGGCUAUCUAGAGACCUCAGGCUGAGGUCCCAGUGUCUUUAGGUAAAGGACACUCUUUCAGAUCCUCUCAAAUGUGGAUUUAUAACAUUUUCCAGAUGAAUGUACUAAUAGCUCUGGGUGCCUUAUCUUUUUCCUAAUCUGUAGUGCCUGUGAGCCCAGCCUCACUCCUUCCCUUAACCCUGAGACCCCUUAGAUGGAGUGGGUACAGUCAAGAGGCUUGCUGAAGGAUCAUCAGUACAGUGAUUUGCAGAAAUAUUUUACGGGCUUCAUUUUGGAAAAUUUUGUUUUUAGUAAGUGCUCAAAUUUGGUGGGAAAUAAUUUGAGUGUAUUCAAUUGUACUGUCAUCCUUGUUACUAUUGUUAAACAUGUUAUAAACGGCAGUUGGCACUUGGGCUGCUUAUCUCUGGGUGUAAUCUCUGAAACCAUAGCUCUAGUGAGGUGAUGUGAAAGGUUAGCAAAGCCACCAUUUGCUGGUGGCUGGAGCCAAGGCCUCUCUUAGCCACUGACUUGCUUGCUAUGGUAUCCUUUCUCUUGUAACAAACCCAUCCCAGAGAUGAGGCCUUUAAUCAUCCUAAAAAACUCCUGGGCUAAGUAUCUGACAAUCUCACAUCUCAAUAUCGUGAAUUAAGUGUCCAGAACAUCAACCCAGGAGGACACACUGAAACUAUCACUCUGGGCAAGUCUUGAUAAAACAGGCUACUAAUACUGACCUACCUCAAGGGCAGUUCUGAAGUGAUUAGAGUUUUUUUUUUUAAAAACCAAUUAUUUGGAGAUGUUCUGCAGAGGUUCUCAUACAGACUUCUAAAGAACUAGAUAUGUUCUAGAGACCAUCUUUAGUCUACAUUGCUCUUUCCAGAGAUUGACAGAUAUGACCAGUCAAAGUGCAAGACUGCCUAUCACUGCCAUGAAAACCACACAGGAAACCUUUUCCUUGCCUGAAUGAGAUUUUCUCUUUUUUAUGUGGGAAAGUUACUUGUGACCCAAGUGUAAUUUGGAUGAUUUCCAUUAAUAUCAACUCUUGAAGCCUACUUGUACUGAUUGAGAUUGUAUUUGUUCCCAAUAAAAGUGGAUCUGGCUGUACUGUC